AUGCUUCACCCAUCACACAUCGCCUCCAACUCUCCUCCCGAGGCCCCCAGUCCCCCGGUGCCCCCAAGAACUCACAAUGACCGAAAAGACCAACGGCGCGAGGGUUGGCGCCGCCGCCGCCGCCACCACCACCGGCAGCAGCAGCUGCAACAACAACAGCAACAACAACAACAACAACAACAACAACAACAACAACAACAACAACAACAACAACAACAACAACAACAACAACAACAACAGCAGCAGCAGCAGCAGCAGCAGCAGCAGCAGCAGCAGCAGCAGCAGCAGCAGCAGCAGCAGCAGCACCAUCACCAACAACACCACCAGCAGCAACAGCAACAACAGCAAGAGCAGCAGUGGGGGUGGAGGAGGGGGCCUAGACUACAACAGGUGGACAAGAGGCGCCUGGUUCGAGUAAUGAACACCAUUUUGGCUUCCUCCGUGCUCUGGUUUCCGGUGUACUUGCACUUUCGCCGUGACUUGCCUCCAUCUCAUGUGUCUUUCGCCGUAAUCUGGCUCCCUUGCGUCACGGGGGUCUUCUCCUUUCUCAAUUCACGAUUCUUUGCCGCUCCGCUCUCUCUGUUGCUCAUGGCUUGGACAUCCAAGGGCCAAGUCUUUACCUCAUUCGCUGCCUUUAGACGAACAGCGACGUUUCACAGCGCCAACAUUAACAGCAGGAUGCAGAACCGGAAAUGUGCUUCGCCCGGUAGCAGACUCUUUUUGCUCGUCUGUGGCCCCGCCGCUACCCCCUCACCUCUUCCAUUGCGACGACCUCCACCAGCCCCUCCUCCAGGCGCACAGCCUAGCAAGCAUCUCGACAACUCGAUCGACUGCUUUAGAAAAGUCAUUCGUGACGAGGGUUUCAGGGGUUUACUCAACCUCGCUGCCUCUCAUGGCAGCAACACAACACAUCGCCGUUGGGAAGAAACCGACAACGUACCCAUCUGUAUCGUCGGCAACAAGAGUGUUCCGAAACCGAACAACUCUUGA